ACCGCCCCCCCCCGCUCCCCGCCGCUGCCAUGUCAGCCGAAAACACUGCGCCAGCAGAGGAUGGGCAGGAGCUGAAGAGCGUGGUGAGCCGGGUGGCCAGCCUGGCCCUGGUGAGCUGUGCCUGCGGCGCCGUCUCCACAGCGUACACCUCCACCAAGGAGAGCCACCCCUACGUCAAGUCCGUCUGCGACGCCGCCGAAAAGGGGGUGAAGACGCUGACAGCGGCGGCGGUCAGUGGGGCGCAGCCCAUCCUCACCAAGCUGGAGCCGCAGAUUUCCACCGCCAAUGAAUACGCCUGCAAAGGGCUGGAUAAGCUGGAGGAGAAGCUGCCCAUCCUGCAGCAGCCCCCGGAGAGGGUAACAUCUUCCCUGGGGGACACGGGGUGGGGGUCCAGUGCCAGGCGAGGUGCUGGGACAAGGCGUCUCUUUGCUGUCCCCUCCCAGGUGGUGGCAGGGACCAGGGAGCUGGUGUCGUCCACCGUGAGCAGCGCAGUGGGCCUGGCCCGCGGCGCGGUGCAGGGCGGCGUGGAGAGGACGCGCUCGGCGCUGAGCACCGGCGUCAGUACCGUGGUGGGCUCCCGCGUGGGCCGGCUACUGGCCACGGGGGUGGACGCGGUGCUGGGGAAGUCGGAGGAGCUGGUGGAGCGAUACCUGCCCGGGACGGACGAGGAGCUGGCGGCAGCGGGCAUCGAGGUGGCCUCACCGGAGCGGCAGAGGCGGCGGCAGAGCUACUUUGUCCGUGUGGGCUCGCUCUCGGCCAAGCUGCGGCACCGAGCCCUGCGGCGGUCACUGGGCGAGCUGCAGCGGGCACGGCACAGCGCCCAGCGGGUCCUGGCCCAGCUCCACCGCAUCUUCGAACUGAUUGAGCAGGGGCGGCAGGGCAUGGACGGGCCCCUGUACGGCGCCCGGCAGCAUCUCCACCGCAUGUGGCUGGAGUGGAGCCAGCAGGAUGCUGUGCCCAUGGAGGAGAGCGAGGUGGAGGCGCGAACGCUGGCCAUGCUGCGCGGGCUCCUGCGCCAGCUCCACGCCGCCUGCACCCGCCUGGCCGCCGGCGCCCGGGGUUUCCCCAGCAGCGUGCAGGAGACGGCGGGACAUGUCCGGCACGGCGUGGAGGGUGUGCAGGCUUCCCUCUCCCGCGCUCGCUCCUUCCACGACCUGUCGGGUUUGGUGCUGGCGCAGAGCCGGGAGACGGUGACGCGGGCGCAGUUGAGCAUCGAUGAGCUGCUGGAGUACGUGGGGCAGCACGCGCCCCUGCCCUGGCUGGUGGGACCCUUCGCCCCCGCGCUGGUGGAGUAUCCGGAGGAUGUCCCCGUGGAGAUGGCCAAAUGGGAGGGUUGCGUCACCGUGGGGGGGACACACCGGGUGCCCGCUCCGCCGCAGCUCUGCAGCCAGCGCUGACCCCCAGCACCGCCAA